AUGACGCCCUUCAAGGCAACGCAGCCCUUGAAAGUCGGUGACCUCAACUUGGCCAAGCCCUUCAGCAGCAACGACCACCGUGCCUUGGCUCAAGAAGUCGGGCGAUUGAUCAAGAUAAGAGGAGACAUGGGUAACAAGAUGACGGAGUCAAUGAAGCACCUCAAUCAGUCCAAAGACGUCCAGCUUCAGCAAGAGUUAUUGCUUCAGAUCAAGGUCCUGGCCGAUAGGAAGAAGCUCUUUGAAUUGGACCCUUCGGAUGCCAGAGCUCGCGAUGUCGAAAUCCUCAAAUCCCUGUUAUCCAAGCUCCACGAUGAGAAUCAGACCCCGAAACGCGGACACAAAGACAAGUCAUUUGGUUGUGGGGCUGGUGGCGCCUCAUCUGUCGAUUGGGAUUAUAAGAUGAGUGGUCCGGGCCGCGACAACGACGACUAUCGCGCCGCCCUUGAGAAAGAUCUGAGCAUGGGUCCAACCUUUUCGAUCACUGCGAGCUCCACCAAGAAGAGAAAGCGAGCCGACGAGACCGCCCGCACCUUCAAGGAGGCGGAAAACGGUGUCUCUACUGUGGACCAUGGUCAAAAUUCUCAAGAGGAUAUCAACAUGAAUAUGGAAAAGAGUGCGAAGAAGAAUAAGAUCAAGCAGAAAGCCAUAAGUAUCUCUUCUUUCGACGCUGAGAGCAUGGAAGAUGGCAGUAACCAGGGCGCCGAUGCCUGUCUUACAGAUUCCAAAGCCAGCAAAGCACAUGAUGGCCUUGUCAAUGUCGAGAUUAACUACGGUUACGAUGACGAGGCAAAGAAAGACAAGGCUAAGAAGAACAAGAAGUUGUCAAAGCCGCCGAAGUCCAAAUGCUCUUUCGUCGUCGAGACCGAGCAUGAGACAGACGACAACUCCAAAAAGCCUACUGGCCAGGUCUCCAAGGCGGAGAAACACAAUUCUGGAGCCGCUGACGAUGUCAAAGAAUAUACCAAGGCAAAGAAGGAGGCCAAGAUGAAGAAGCAGAAGAAGAGGAAGAAGCAUAGGGUCGUGACGACUGCAACCGGCUCUGAUAAUGUCGUCGUUAUCGACGCGGAUCAACAGAGAGGCCUUGGGGAAUUGGAGACCUGCUCUGGCGAUCACAGUAACCUAGAGCUCGAUGCUCUCAAGGGGGUCGAGAAAGAGAAUCAAACUACAGACGACACCGUCGUCAACACAAAGCAAAAAUGCUCCGAGCUAAGGAAACGUAUCCAAGUCACGGAUAGUGAGCAGUCUGCUGCCAACGAAGGAAACAAGACAUGGCGAAGAAACAGGGCCAUGGCCUCUGAGACGAACAGCCGAGUCUUUUACGCUGGCCAAGAGAAGGCCGAAGAUGCUGGCAGCUAUGGUUCUGAGGCUGCUUUUUCAACCACCAAACGAGCUUUGAAGGGCCCCACGCGUAUCAGGCCUCCAGUUAUUCCAGUUCCUUCAUUCUUCGAGACGGCUGGUCGCACUCCUUUGAACCCGUGGUCCGCCUACCGUCGCGCCUCCAUAGAGCACAUCGAGAAGGCGGAAAAGCCGCAGGAUGACCAAGUCUGGGUUCUCGGCACUACCGGAUCGCGUAAGAAAGGGGGCUUGGAGGACUCUGAUACGAAGAUUUUUACUAAGACUAUUGGUAAAGUCGACGCUCCUACAAAAGUUGACCAGAGCUCGCCCACCCCCCUUCCUAAAAAGGAUCAGAAGAAAAAGACAAGACUCAGCAGGAAGGUAAAAAAGCCUGUCGUGCCCUUGGAUUCUCUUCCUGAGAUCGCCCAGGGCAAGACAUCUGUUCCAGGUGUUCGUGUCUCUGAGGAUCUUGUCCGCCUCAUAACCCCGUAUGCUGCGCUUCUUGGUAGCGUCGAGCGAGCAGAGUCGCUAAACAAGCUUCUUGCCAAACCAGGAGUUGCUCAAAGAAGAGAAGAAGACUUGGUUCAAGACCGUUGGUCUCCCGCAUGA